AUUAACUCGAGAGUUCCGACAGCGGUAGCACGUUUUACUGUAAAUUAGUCUUAAAAAACGCUGUUAAUGUGUCCAAUUAGGGCGGAAGAGUGCGGAUCGCGUAAAUAACCAGAGUGAUCAUGUGGCAGUACACGUAACAAACUCAGGGGGAUAAAGACUGUAAUCGCGUUAGUGGUGCAACAAUUCCCCAGCGGUUUGGAGCAGUUAAUCAUGAUGCCUUUGGCACCGACUCCAGUUCUUCCAGUGCCAUCCAAGCCGAAAAUCGGGUUCUCGAUCGAUUCGAUAGUUGGAGGCGCGACCGGCCACAGUCCCCAAACAUCCCCAGUGCACUAUUCGGAAAGUUCAGCACCGUUGUCUCCCUCAAGCGAUGCGGAUCAGCGGCUAAACGGCUCCCCAAAGAACUAUUCGCCCCAAAGAUCGCCGAUGGGGUCACCAAAGCCGCCGAUUAUGGUUCCGGGCAUUCCGGCGCAUAGUUUGGUGCGACCGAACCCCACUUACGAUCCCAAUUUGGUGGCGAAAAAUGCCUUUUUGCAGCCGGAGAUGAUGCAUAAUCAUACCGGGCAGCAUCCGUUUGCGUUGGCGCAUUUUCAGGGAGCCGCUCUGGCUGCCGCCCUGAGCGGACAACACGGAUUUCCGGGACAACCUUCACCUCUUACCACACACACGCCACCGAGGGAUAGCUAUCCUUUGUAUCCGUGGCUCAUCAGCCGCCAUGGGAGGAUCUUUCCCCAUCGAUUUCCUGGUGGUCCAGAUAUUCCGGGAUUCCUUCUACAGCCGUUCAGAAAACCGAAGAGGAUACGAACGGCAUUCAGCCCAUCGCAGCUACUCAAACUAGAACACGCCUUCGAAAAAAACCAUUAUGUGGUGGGCGCCGAACGGAAACAACUGGCCAACUCUUUAUCCCUAUCAGAGACACAGGUGAAAGUUUGGUUUCAAAACCGUCGGACCAAGCACAAGCGAAUGCAGCAGGAAGAAGAGGCCAAAACUGGACAAGGUGGCAACAAAUCGAACGGCUCAGAUUCGCAAACCAAUUCACAUCACAUGAACAAAUGGAAACAAGAGGCUCCGGAUGAGUACGGGGAGUAUAUAGACAUGGACAUGGAGGACGAUUGUGUUAGUGAUGUGGAAAGUGAAUCGUAGAAAACGCUUUAUUUUUGCGUCGUUUUAUCGUUAUGAAGAAACGGUGGGUUUUUGAUGUGAACAUCGAUGCGCUCAGGUCCAAGAGAUUUUAAAGUCCUGCAAUGCGCCAGAUUGAAUCGCGAAAGGAAACAAGAAAAAAAUGUUCGCUCAUUAAUUACUAGACGAGUAUGUUUGGCAAUUGCCUUCUUAAGAUGGAUGUUUCAUCCCCAGCAGUUAAUCAGCCUCAAAUUCGAAAUGUUCGCCCCCUUGAGCGUUAACAAAUCCGGCAACGCUGCCAGUUAAAGUUUAUUUUACCCCAAGGACCACUCCAUUUGCUGAGCGUUUAUAGCCGAGUCUGUCAGCUUUAUCGAUCCGAAGAAUUAUUUCUCCAGAACUUUUUGCCACUUUUUGGCCUCUUAGCAGUUUCUCCAGAGAAACGGGCAAGCCGAUUUAUAAAGUAAUGUGUUUUGGCCGCAGAGCUUGUUAUCAGUCCAUGGCCGAUAAAUUCUCAUUGAGUUUUUAUGCUCUUGCCAAUUAUUCGACAAUGGAAAAUAUGAAAAGGAUUCAAUAGAAUUCAAGGACUUAGUUUGGUUUGGGUUCAGCCAAAUGUUGGGGUUUCCAUGGACUCUGAGCGCAUCAAAACCCAUCCACUAACUACAUUGGUCAGUUUUCUGUAGUGCCAAGAAGUACGCCAAACCAUGUCUCGUAUCUAUUUCCCUGUGCCAAUUUUUGCAUGUCCACACUAAACGUGUAAAGAUGAUUUUGUAUAUUUAUUUUUACUAUUAAAGAUUAUUUAUUUGUAUAUACAACGUGUAUAAAAUCAGUGAACGACUUGAACUAAUGAAAGCCUGAGGCACUGGGGAGGUGAGCAAUUUACCAAACUCUGCCAGAGUUUUUCGAAUUUGACAUCUCCUUGAUGCUUCAAUCAGUCGCUUUAGAGUUUACAAAUAUAGGAACUAGAUAGAAUUAGCGAAGCUUAAUUAUUUUUUCUGUGAUGAUUGUAAAUAUAUAUAUAUUUUUUUGUUAUUCCUUGGUAUGUGUGUGAACAUAUCUACUGUAUUAUAUGUAUAGAUGUGAUUGUGAAUUCGAUAAAAUCCUGUCCAAAUUCCGAACCAUUUUGCGCAAGAUAUUAACUAGAUGGACAGAGAUGGUGGUUUGAUAUGUUCAGUUCUUCAAACACCAAAGUUCCGUUUAUUUAUUAAGCACCUAUUUGGGACAAUUAUUCAAUGUUGGAGUGUUCCAGAACUUCCAGUUUAAAUUGAUUAAACAGUUUACAAUUUCAAUUAACAGAAGGGAAAUGAGGAUGUGUCGAAGCCAGUUUUAUGGUGUUCUUUAUUUUGCAGACAUAAGCAAACUACCUAUUAUAAAUAAAAGUAGUGUUAACGUUUGUAAAGAGUACAAAAAUACAAAGUGAUUUUUAGUAAA